AUGCAUGUCUUUGGCUCAACAUGCUAUGCCUUUGUUCAAAAUGCUAAGAAAUUAGACGACCGGAGCCGUAAAGGUGUUUUUGUAGGUUAUGAUAAAGACAGUCCAGCAUACCUGGUAUACCAUCCAGAAACAAACAAGGUGAAAAAGGUAAGAUGCGUGAAAUUUUUUGAUAAUUUUAAAACUGAGCCUGAGGCGUAUAAUGACGACCAAGAUGAAUUAAUUGUGCCAAAUAGAAAACACGUUGAAACUACGGUAAAUACUAACGAGCAAAUGGAUGAAAAUGCUGGUACCGCAGAGGUAGAGAACAACGCGGCGAGAUAUCCAACACGCACUCGCAACAAACCAAGGUAUCUUGAUCAGCCUAUUAUUGACGACAAUGUUAACCGCACUGUUGAUUAUUGCUUUAGGGCUGUAGACAUACCAAAAUGUUACAAGCAAGCAAUACAAUCGCUGGAGGCUAACAAGUGGCAAAAUGCCAUGAAUGCAGAGGUAAGCGCAUUAAACGAUAACAAUACGUUUGAGUUAGUCCCACCACCAAAGGAUCGACAGACAGUGGGGGGAAGAUGGGUUUACGCCGUAAAAAUCGGCCAAAAUGGAGAAGAAACCCAUAAAGCAAGAUCUGUAGCUAAAGGGUAUUCUCAAAUUCCUGAGAUUGAUUAUCAGGAAACGUUUGCCCCGACAGCUCGCAUGAGCUCAAUUCGUACAUUGCUACAACAUGUUAUGCAGAAUGACAUGAUCAUUCACCAAAUGGAUGUCAAGACCGCCUACCUUAAUGCGCCUAUAGAUUGUGAGCUCUAUAUGGAACAACCAGAAGGUUUCGAGGAACAUGGUGAGAACGGUGAAAAAUUAGUGUGCAAAUUAAAUAAGUCAUUAUAUGGUUUAAAGCAAAGUGGGAGAAACUGUAAUAAUUUAUUACACGAGUAUCUGCAAAAGGAGGGUUUUACUCAGUCACAGGCUGAUCCAUGUGUGUAUGUGAGAAUGAUUGACUCGAAGCGAUGUGUUAUAGUAAUUGUAUGGGUUGACGAUAUCAUUAUCGCAGCCAGUCAUUUUGAAUUACUAACAACUGUAAAAGAAUCUUUAGGUGAAAGGUUCAAAAUGAAAGACCUAGGUAAACUAUCGUGGUUUUUAGGUACAGAGUUUAAAUGCAAGGAAUCUUGCAUCGAAAUGAAUCAGAAACAAUAUAUUGAAAAAGUAUUGUUAAAGUUUGGGAUGGCUGAUUGCAAGCCCAAGCCUACUCCAUGUGUUUUAGGUAUCGAGAAGGUCUCAGAUGAAGCCGCCCCGCAUCGCCAACUAUUGCGGUCUUAUGUCAGUCCUACUAUCCAGCGGAAGUUCCCUGAAAUGCAUAACGCGCAAUAA